AUGCUAAAACUUGAGAUUCAUGAGCUAAAAGUGUUUGACUCACUGGACAGUCCUAUUGACAAAUACCAAUGCAGUUCCAGUGAUGUCACACCAAAAGUGGAAAAUUAUCUGAAAAAAGUUGAUUUUAAUCAUCAAAAACGGCCAACACUUCUACAGUUACAUCAAAAUUCUGUUAAAUCCAAUAAUAUUGAUGACACGAAAAGUUUGAAAAAUACUGGUCUUAAAAGUAAAAAUUUUAUUCACAUAAAUGACACUGAUAAAUUUGGAUACUUUACAAUGGUCUAUAUACCAACAUUUAUGAACUUAUUGGGUGGUACUCUCUACUUACGGAUGGGCAUAAUGGCCGGACAGGCGGGCAUAAUUUUAAGUAUAGUACAAAUACUAAUGGGUACAGUUAUAUUAGUUGGUACAGUACUAUCACUUUCAGCCCUUUGUACUAAUGGACAGAUAGGUUGCGGUGGUUUCUAUUACUUGAUUUCCCGAAAUUUGGGACCAGAAAUCGGGGCCGUAUUUGGAAUCAUCUAUUUUAUAACAAAUGUAGUACUAGUUUCACAAAGUUUAAGUGGUAUUUGUACUGAAAUUCAAUAUAUUUUUCAGGCAUUUGAUACUGGAUUAGCUGAAUACCCAUCAGGUAUUAAUGAUAUGAGGAUCGUUGGAUUAAUAUGUUUAGCAAUUACUGCUAUCAUACCGUUUAUUAGUCUGGAAUUGGAGGCAAAAACUCAAUGGAUUUUAUUUAUAAUAACUGUUCUCUCGCUUUUGGACUUCUUUGUGGGCACAUUCCUACCGACCACUCCUUAUCAAAAAGUUAACGGUUUUAUCGGAUUUAAUGCCAAAAUAAGUUUUACUAAUCUAUUGCCGCAAUGGAAUGGUUACCACUUUUUAAGUAUAUUUGGUAUAUAUAUGUCUGCACUUUGCGGUGAUUUCACAGGAGUCACAAUGUCGUCGAGUCUUAAAAAUCCUAAGGUGGCCAUACCUAAGGGUUCACUAUUAGCAGUGUUUUCCGCACAGUUUAUAUAUAUUAUUCAAAUCAUAUUGUUUGCCUGCGCUGGCAAUCGAUACGCAACUGGAAAACUAUCUGACUAUCCAUACGGUAACUACACGUGCGAUAUACAACAGAACUGUGAAAGUGGUAUCAGUAAAAAUCAGUUUAUGAUGUCUAUAAUGUCUGCACUGACUUUAGUGGACAAUAAGCUACACAAUAUUGAGCCUAUAUAUGUAGCCGGACUGUUAGCACAGGGAAUGUCAUCAUCCCUGUGCUCUUUUAUAACAGCACCCAGAAUAUUACAGUCAUUAGGAUUUGAUAAUCUAUUGCCUGGUAUUGGCUGGUUCUCUAACUAUUUCCAAUUAUGA